GAUUGGCCCGUUUGGCUGCCAAUUGCCCGCCCCCAAAUCAGAUAGGAAAUAUUUUGCUUUGCCAUCCGCGGUCUGAUUGGCUAAGAGCUGCUUGAGGACGUGCGCGGCGCUGAGGCCCUCGCGUUAUCUGUAGAGUGCGAGGCAGACAGAAGGAAGGAACGUUCAGUUUGGCAAAGAGAAGAAGCGGCGCCAUAGUCGGCACUGCGAUGACGUUCAAGCGGGGUCGAGACCGUUUCUACAGCACCCGCUGCUGCGGCUGCUGUCAUGUUCGGACUGGUACCAUCAUCCUAGGCACCUGGUAUAUGGUGGUGAAUCUACUGAUGGGCAUUUUGCUGACAGUUGAAGUGACUCACCCUAACACUGUGCCAACAGCGGACAUCCAAUAUGAAGUCAUCGGUAACUACUAUACUUCUGAGAGGGUGGCUGAAAAUGCAUGUGUUCUCUUUGCCAUCUCCCUACUCAUGUUCACAAUCAGUGCUAUGAUGGUGUAUGGAGCAAUUGCUCAUCGAGUAGGGUGGCUGAUUCCAUUCUUCUGUUACCAGCUUUUUGACUUUGUCCUCACUUGUCUGGUGGCUAUAAGUUCUCUGACAUACUUACCAAGAAUAAAAGACUACCUGGAUCAGCUGCCAGAGUUCCCGUACAAAGAUGAUCUACUUUCCCUCGAUUCAAGCUGUCUUCUGUUCAUUGUUCUGGUGGUGUUUGCCUUGGUCAUCAUUCUAAAGGCCUAUCUAAUUAACUGUGUAUGGAACUGCUAUAAAUACAUUAGUAACAGAAACUUGCCUGAGAUAGCAGUAUAUCCUGCAUUUGAAGCUCCUCCACAGUAUGUUCUGCCAACUUAUGAAAUGGCAAUGAAGAUGCCUGAGAAAGAACCUCCACCUCCUUACAUACCUGCCUGAAGCAACAGAAAUAGUUGAAACACUUGUACCAGCUUCUUUUUUAUACUGCUUAAAUAAAUAUUCAGGGCUUUAGGAGCAACACUAUAUGGUUGAGAGGCAUUUGAUGUAAUCUUACUAAACAAAAAUCCAUACAGGAAUGAUUUAAUUUUUUUUUUGGUGGUCUUUUUAGUAGCUUUAACUUUAUUGGUCUCCUUAAUCCUCUUAAACAAUUAUUGCCUUAGGGCUUAAUUCUGCAAGUACCUCUAUAUCUGUAUAUAACUUUAUUCAUAUGCAUUUCUGUUGACUUCAUUUAACUUGGAUAAGUAAGAUUAGUUUUGGAUGUUUUUAUUCACAAGAUGAGGCUCUUGGCAAGUACAGAUUAGUUCCGAAGGACAAUCUAAUCAGAAAGCAGGAUUAGUUUUUUGUUUUGUUUUUAACCUCAUUCUGGGGGUGUAGGGCAAGGAGUUCAAGUGUGGUAUACAACUACUUAUAUGUAUUUACUUUGCACUUUUUCUUUUAUCUUACCUUACUGUGUUAUCCAAUGCCUUGAAACAAUAUUUUCAGGAAGCCUGAAGUUGGCACUACAGUUUGAAGUUUUUACUAUAUGCUGUGAAUGCAGGAGAAAUGUACACAGAAAUUACAUUGUGUCAGAUGUCAGUUGCAUGCUUCUACUCUGUAUGUAUUUUCAUCUUUGUUAUAAAUGAUGCUUUAAUAAAUCUUGUUUAAAAAAAGAA